AAAGCCGGGAAUAGGGUCUGAGCUGCCGUGGAUUGCGCAGGAUCUGUCCUGUCAGAAAACAGGGGGCAAGCGGCUCUCCUGCCUGUUGGAGGGUAUGAGUUGCCAAGCAUUCACUUCAUCUGACACCUUUGUACCCCUGAAUUCUGACUCUGCUCCCUCCCUGCCUCUGAUAAUGCACCACAGCGCCGCAGAGUGCCUGCAUGUCUCUAACCACGCCACCAAUGUUGUAUCUACAGGACUUCAUUACUCUGUGCCCUCCUGUCAUUAUGGAAACCAACCAUCCACCUACGGGGUGAUGGCAGGCAUCAAACCUUCAACUCCAGAGAUGCUGUCGGCAAGUCUCUCCCAGACUCGCAUCUUACAGACGUGCAGCAUGCCCCAUCCCAACGUGGUAAACAGUGUCAGCACCUUGCAAAGUAGUCUGACCCCUUGCCUUUAUAAAUUCCCGGAGCACGCCCUGAGUGCCAGCUCCUGUGCCCUGGGCCACGGCUUCACUCCCAUGCACCAGUCCCUCCUCACAGAUGAUCCCACUGGCACAGACUUCAAGCAGGAGUUCCGCAGGAAAAGCAAGUCUGUGGAAGACCCCGUCGACAUGGACUCCCCUGAGAUCAGGGAGCUGGAGAAAUUUGCCAACGAAUUUAAGCUGCGGAGAAUUAAGCUGGGUUACACACAAACCAACGUUGGAGAAGCACUGGCUGCUGUGCACGGCUCUGAAUUCAGCCAAACAACCAUUUGCAGGUUUGAAAACUUGCAGCUGAGUUUCAAGAACGCCUGCAAACUGAAAUCCAUACUGUCCAAGUGGCUGGAGGAAGCAGAACAAGUAGGAGCUUUAUAUAAUGAAAAAGUUGGAGUGAAUGAGCGGAAGAGGAAGCGCCGAACCACCAUAAGUAUUGCUGCCAAAGAAGCCCUAGAGAGGCACUUUGGAGAACAAAGCAAACCUUCUUCUCAAGAAAUUAUGAGGAUGGCCGAGGGGCUCAACCUCGAGAAAGAAGUCGUAAGAGUUUGGUUUUGCAACAGAAGACAAAGGGAAAAAAGAGUGAAGACGAGUUUACACCAGAACACCUUCAGUUCCAUUAUCAAGGAGCACCAUGAGUGCCGGUAAAGCUUUUCCAUGUACAGAUGUGGAUUUCUGUUUUGCUUUUUGUAAAUAUUGUAAAUGCUAUGUUGUUAAAAAAAAAAAAAAAAAAAAGGAAAAAAAGAGAAAAAUCAGUAAUCUACUUGUUUCUCUCACAAGCUAGGCAGCUUCAGGUGUAGUGUACUGUGGAGGGCCUAAUUUUAAAUCCUACAAUGUAUAUUUAAAGCCAUAAUUGCUGUCAUUACUUAUGGUAGGGCAAGUUUACUAGUACAGAGGUGUCAACGCUGUUCCUACUGUGUGCUCUGUCUCAGCAUAACAUUUGACUGCCUUAAAAGGGUAGCAAGCAGAAGUGUCUUUUUUAAUAUUUGUUAUCGAAGAUAAUUCUUGCUAAUUUGUUAUGUGCCUUGAAGUUUGGUUUGGAUAGGCUUAGCUAUAAAAAUGGGAAUACAAUUUACCUUUUACCUUAAGACCUUGUGACCUGAGGGGGGAAAAAAUAAUUAUCAAGGGACUUAUUACAUUGGGCUUUCUCUGCAUUGUACUUUUUUUCUGAUUAAAACCAUGUGUGGACAUACUUACACCAGAGACAGUGUUUUAAGCUAAAAAGAACACUGAAAUAAGUAUCCAAACAAAGCAUUUAUUGCACUGCACAUUCCCGCACUCUUAAAGCCCACUAAUUGAAAAUAAUCCCAUAUUUGUCAUCCUCCAGCCUACAAAGAUAAUCUAGGGGAAAAAAUACCAGUGCCAGAGCUCCACCUAUCAGACAGGCACUGAAAAAACUCAGUUAAUGACUCUAGUACUCACCAGGGAUAGAUUAUCCAGCCAUCUCAUCAGCCCUCCUCAUUGUUAUUGGAAUUAGCCCUUUACCAUAUAUGUACUUUCGACUGUUUUCCCAGGACUGAAAUUAAGUGAGUACAUGCGAGUAGUACUGGCCACAUACAUUUUAUUUUUCCAUAAAACAGACCUGAUGAUUUAGAAAAUGUCUAGAUAAUAGGCCCACAGAAAGCAAAAGGAGUUUAAUGUUCGAGACCUCUUAGAAGCAGCGUGUACAAUUUAAGUGCUCCCUCUCUAGUGUACAUUAAAUUACCUCUGAUACUUAUUACAGUGACCACAGGCAUAUUCAGCUAUGGAAAUCAGGCUCCUGGAUUUUAAAAAAAAAUAUCAUUUUAUGGAUGAAUGCGCCACUUAAUUUAGAACUUCAAUUUAAUAAUUCAGAGGGGAGAAAUUGCACUGUGUGCUGUCUUCAGGCUGUUCUCAUCACUGGCAUAGCUCACCCACUACAGCAGAGAAAGGCCAAGCUGGAGACUUGAUCCACCACGUGGAUCAACAGAAAGUGGACUUCCCCAGAGGCUGAAGGAUAAAUACAGUUGAGAAGAUUAGCCCUCAGCAAAGGUGGUGGCAUGUAUUUGUGUACUUUUUGUGUUAUGUGAUCUAAUGUUAUAUAUGUUGAAAACACUGCCUGAUGUAUCUAAACUUUAUUUAUGUUCUAAAUUAUUUUCUUAACUAUACAAGGCUUCUUAGAAAUGCUAUAAGCCUGUAUUUCCCAAGCUCCCCCAUCCAAUAAAAUAUUCUUAUACAGUUGGCACUCUA